AUGGCGACGCUGCGGCCGGACCGGAGCGACUCUCACCUGUCGCCGGAGGAGGAGGCGCGGAUUACGGAGGAGGCGCGGGCGUAUUUCGACGGCGUGACCCCGAAACGCCACACCAAGCCCCAGCGCAGCGAGUACUCCACCCAGUACGCCGACACCCUGGGCCCGUCGGAGGGGGGCCACAUACCAGAGCUCAACCGGCUCCACGACCUGGAAGCCGACCCGGAGGUGAGCCCUGAUUGAUUUGCUCUAAUAGGUGGCUGUCGACCCUCUUGUUCCGAUUUCCUCGGGGAGAUCCUGUUCUGUUCACAUUGGACUAACAGCCUUCUACAGUUCAUCUGCCGAGAUCAUUUGAAUCUGAUGUUAAUCCUUUCUCGUAGUUGAUCUCAAGUGGAUGAUCUUCACCCUUUGUUACAGGACUCGCUAUCUCUUAUCAUUAUUUUCCCGCAGAUUCCAACGAUUUUUUGACGAUUUAAUUAUGCAUCACCCUAAAUCUCCCCAGCUUCCUUUUCUGCCGGUUGUCGCUCUUGAAAAAUUGCCAACCCAUUCUUGAUCUUGUUUUCAUUUUUUCGGAGCAGAAACUGAUCUGUCAAGGAACUGAGCCGGCGGAAGAGUAUGCGGAGACAGAGUACUACAAGGAUCUCAACUGCGUCGGCAAGCAACACCACACCGUAUGUCAUUCGUAUUUGGUGACAAGUCAAAUGACUACGUCUUCCUCGUGACCUCUCAAUCCUUUCAUCAGCAGAAGCAUUCUGCAUAUUCCAAAGGAUCUUACGAUAUAUGCUAAAGUUAUACUUGAUUCAUCAAAGGGUAUCACCGAAAUCCCCAUCCAUGAGCGCCUGCUGUGCUUCAGCAGCAUCUCUCCACCUAGAUAGAUCUUUCCAUCCUGUGUCCUUCUAAUGGGACACCAGCCGUCGCAGAUGAUUUCUAUGAGACUUCAGAGUGGAUUUUUGUGUUAAAAUCAGCGGGGUUGGAAAGCGUUUUCUAUCCUGAACAUGAUGUUCCUUUGGAACUGUUAAAUCAUCUUUCUCCUUUAGGAGUCCUAGUGUGCUGUCGGCAGUCUAGACCAACAAGCUUCAUGGAACCCCACACCCAGUGAUUAGAUGGAAUCUAAUGACCAAUUCCGGGCCACCCUGGGGCAUCCCUAGAUCCUCCCGGCUAGCUGUCUGCAUUUGAGUUAUGACCCCAAUUCAUCUGUGCAUUCUUAAUAUGGCACUAGAUUUACUAGAAUAAGGGCUGGAAUCCCACUGCCCUGUGACCCUUUUGCCAUCUCUCGUCCAUGUUGCAGACUGGUACUGGAUUCAUCAGAGUAGAGCAGCCCCAUGCCAAUCCACUGAACCUGGCGGCAGAUGACGGUGCUGCUGGCCACCACGAAUCCUGCAGGGGCAAUCCGGCUACCAACGACUGGAUCCCAUCUGCCGAUUUGGUAAGUCAAUACAGACCAAAAAAAAUUUCAAAUUAUUCAAUCUGCUCUGCUGCUGCAUCUUCAUGAGAGGUUCUUAUGUACGACGGCCUGCCCUCCCUCCCUCCCUCCAGGUUAUCCCCACCUCCCACAAACCCGGCCGGAGCGACAUUUGA